GGUGAGGUUUGGAACCGUCAAUUCGGUUGUGCACUUAUCACCAUGGUCGAGACCCCUAGUGGGAAGAGCACUAGCCCCUACACCCAGGAACAGCAAGAGAAGAUGGCCGCCUUAGUAAGAGAGAAUAAGGAGAGGAAAGAGCUCCUGAAACAUGCGAAGCUAAAGGCAAUCGCAGAGGAGCAGGCGGCGAAGAUGAAGGAAUUGGAGGAGGAGAUGGAGAAGAAGAAGAAGGUUGCUGAAGAAGAACCGGCAGCAGAAGCAGAAGAGGAGAGGAAACGCAGGGCAGUGAAGGGAGAGAGUAGUGGCACGGCGAAUGAGGACGCCGCGGUGGAAAAGAAAAUUAGUGAGUGGAUUGCUAAUUUAUCGUUGGGGGAAGAUGAGGAGGAAGAAUUUUAUGUGCCCCAGGACGAGAGGGAUGCGUUAGCCAGUGAGCUAGCAGCAAUGGAGGACCCUCUGGAACGACGAGAAAGGGAAGAAGAGAAGAAGUUGGAAUGGAAAUUGAGGAUGAAGAGGGAGAAGAAGAGAAGGAGGGAUGAAGUUAAUAGGCUGACCGAGGACGUGGCAAAAGUGAGAGAUUGUCGACAAGAGGUCCAGGCGCAGCCAGACAUCUCUGCCAAAAUGGACAAGAUGUUGGGAUAUCUGGAAGUGUUGAGUGCGGCCUGGAUGGAGGAGCGCCAAGCCAAUAAAGGUCAGGAUGUGGCCCUGAGUGCCAUGCGGUCAGGAUUUAGAGAUUUCGCGCGCGAUAUGGUCACCCAUGUUGGAGGCGAAGUUAGGCAAUUGAGAGACAGCAUGGGGAAGUUUUGCGAGGGUGCCAUCGAAGGUGCCAAAGCAAUAGCCGCUGUAGAGGGUGAGGUCAGGCCUCGUAAGGAGCCCGUUAAGCUUAAAUUCCCAGAUGCAUACGGGGGAAAGAAAGAGGAGAAUUUUGAUAACUGGGAGGCCAGCGUGAAUAGCUAUGUGUACUUACAGCACAUCCUGACUGAGGAGCAAGUCCUCGUCGCCUUCCAGGCCCUUAAAGAUGAAGCGGCCAGUUUUGCCAGAUCUCUUGCGCGCGCAGCCAGUUGUGAAAACAACAUGGUUGCAUAUUCCAAGAUCAUCACUCUUCCUCAAUUCUUCAAAGUCCUGAGGGAGAGAUUUGCUGACCCAACGAGAGGCGUUAGAGCCUCUGAUAAGUUACAGACGAUCCACUCACGACAGUGGAGGAGUGCAAGAGCACUCAAGGGCGUUAUGGACGACUUGGUAGUCGUCCCAGACCACGCGGUCACUGAGCCCUAGUUGGUCCAAUUGUUUUAUCGUGCCACGCCCGGGCCCCUGCGUGGGCAUUUCUUUGAGAAGUCUCAAUAGGGUGACAUCACCUA